AUGUAUGGCACAGCUCACUCCCUAUCUACAAUGAAUGGUUUGGAGGAUUCCAUUGAUGGCUCGGGGACUAUCGAUCCCGCGAACUUGAGCAACUCUGUAUCUGUUGUCUUACCAGCAAAAUCCCAUCCCAUUACAAGUCCCCGUGGUGUCAAGCGUAGUCGCACUCCAGAACACAGUGGAAAUGGACAUGUCGAAGGAGAUCUGGAUGAUGAUGAGCAAAGUCGCCGAAAGCGCGGUCGUCCCCCAAAGACUCCUCGCGCAGGUUCCAGCGAACAACCUGUCGCCAACACACCCACACAAACACCCCAAAUGCAAGCUCGUCCACUUCCGCAAGCAACCGCCGGGUCACCUUCUCUUGCUUCACCCCCGGAAAAUAAGACUACCCCGUCAAAGUCGCAGAUCAAAGCGUUACCUACCGUGAGGGAUCAUACGUCCGACCAACUGAAUCCAGAGGGCGAUGAGUAUAUUCCAAAGGAAUUCGAUGAAGCAGGAGAGACAAAGGCAGACCCUAUGGGAUACCCACAGGGUGGUCGCGAAUACAAAUGCCGGACAUUCCGUGUUCCCCUCCGUGGUGACAAGUUGUUCAUGCUUGCGACCGAAUGCGCGAGGGUGCUGAACUAUCGCGAUUCAUAUCUUUUGUUCAACAAAAAUCGGUCCUUACAUAAGAUCAUAGCAUCUCAGAUCGAGAAGGACGACCUCAUCCAGCAAGAUAUUCUCCCUUAUUCUUACCGGUCCCGUCAAAUUGCCAUCGUUUCCGCCAGAUCCAUGUUCCGACAAUUCGGAAGCCGGGUGAUCGUGAAUGGCCGUCGGGUUCGGGAUGAUUACUGGGAGAGCAAGGCAAGAAAGCAGGGUUUCACGGAGGAUGACCUGGCAGGCGAGAAGCGCCCUGGCGCGGCCAAGACUAGGGAUGGCACAACUACGGAACCUACUACUAACCUGUUACCGGCGCUUCCCCAUAACGAUGUUGUUUACAGCAGUACUAUCGAGCCGUUGCCUCCUGGUCUUUCGCUUGGUGCCAGUGACGCUUCUGUUUCCUUAUCGUCUCUCCCGAUGAUUCAGAUGGCAACAACGGAUGACCCUAGAUUGCGUGAUUACAAUGUCAUGCCUCGCUCCCGUCAAGAAAUGACCGGACAACCGUACCAUGACCGGACGCAAACUAGCUCGGCAGCAGAGCUUCUAAACCAAGCCUCGCAUACUGCUGAUUUCAACAAGAUUUUGAGCUCGCAGCGCAGCUUCCGCCAGAAGGGUCUUGAUGAAUUUUACUCGAGGCCCCGAGAGGCCCCUGAAACUGAGCCUCAAUCGAGUACCGCUCUUGAUUCGGGCUUGUCUGUAUCCCAGCCAGUCCAGGUAUCCCAUAUGCCCCCUGGUGGCAUGCAAAACCCUUCGCAUGUUCAGCAUGUAAUGGCUCAACAGCCUUCGAUGCAAGCCUCGAUGCACCAAAAUGCUAUGAUGGGCGGCCAACCAGGCUACUCGCAGCCUCACCAAGCCGUUGGACAAUCUCCUCUCAGGAUGCCUCCGGGUAUGCAACCCGGUAUGAUGCAUCAACGAUCGAACCCGUCUAUGUCUACCGGUAUGGCUCAGCCUCCACCUUACGGGUAUCCAUCUCAGCAGCAGCAAAUGUGGGGACAGCCACCGCCCCAACCACAGCCCUCUCCGUUGCCCUCUUCUGGUCAUCAGGGCGUCGGUAUGCCUCAGUAUGGUCAACAAAUGGCCGGGGUUCCCCAGCAAUCACCCUCUCCUCUCCAUGCACAGCAACAGCAGCAACAACAGCAGCAACAGCACCACCAGUCUCCUCGGAACCAGCAGCGUCAGUCAAUACCGCAAAUGCCACAGUCAUUCCCUCAGAUGCAACACGCACAGCAGGCCCAGCCUCAGGGUAUGCAAGGCAUGGGCGGCUAUCCUGGAGGCACACCAGCCGGUUAUGCAGGCAUGCAACAGCGACCUAUGUACCCUUCGAAUCAGGCUCCUGGUGGUCAGCCCUACAUGACUGGAAACCCCCAACAGGCGGGUCUUGCAAUGGGCAUGGGAGGCGCCGGUAUGCCUGGAUGGGUUGGACCUGGUGGGCCGAUGCAACAACAAGCCGGACAGCCUCAGCCAGGCCAGUCUGGUAGCCCACUUGGUGGCAGCGGAUGGGGUUACUAG